CUCUGUUUCUCUCUCUUCAGCGGAGCUCUCAACGAUCCUCGCUAGAUCUCCUCUCUCUCUCUCUCUCUCUCUUUCUCUCUCCUCUCUUUUGUUAUCAAAUUCUUGGGGAGAUUUUGGCGAGAGAGGGUGAGAGAGAGUUUGAGCGUCGAUCUGAGGAACUAGGGUUAUGGCGUCUACUCAGGGAGCAACAGGAUGGUUGAGAGGGAAAGUGAAGGCAGUUCCUUCGGGAGAUUGCUUGGUGAUAAUGGGAAGCACCAAAGCAGAGAUCCCGCCCGAGAAGACGAUCACCCUGGCGUCAAUCAUUGCUCCUAGGCUGGCACGCCGUGGUGGAAUUGAUGAACCCUUUGCAUGGGGUAGCAGAGAGUAUUUAAGGAAUCUCUGCAUAGGAAAGGAUGUGACGUUCAAAGUAGAUUAUACUCUUCCAUCCAUUGGGCGAGAGUUUGGUUCUGUCUUUCUUGGAGACCAGAAUGUUACAAAACUGAUCGUGGAAGAAGGAUGGGCAAAGGUCCGAGAGCAGGGUCCGCAAAAAGGGGAACCAAGCUCUUUCUUGGUGGAAUUGCAGGCCUUGGAGGAGCAAGCUAAGCAGAAAGGUCGAGGCCGUUGGAACAAGGAAACUGAUGAAUCUAUAAGAGACCUUCCCCCUUCAGCCAUCGGUGACCCUAAUAAUUUUGAUGCACAAGCCUUCUUAGAUGCAAACAGGGGGAAACCAAUGAAAGCCAUUGUUGAACAAGUUCGUGAUGGAAGUACACUUCGAGUCUAUCUGCAUCCGGGUUUUCAAUUUGUUCAAGUUUUUGUUGCAGGAAUCCAGGCUCCAUCGAUGGGCAGGAGAGCUGUGAUUGAAACAAUUCCAGAACCUGAUGUAGCUACUGAUGAUGCAAACGGUGAAUCUUCCGCUGAUGCUCGGGCACCGUUGACAUCAGCACAAAGGCUUGCUGCCUCUUCAGCGGUAUCUACUGAAGUUUCACCUGAUCCAUUUGGGAGAGAAGCUAAACACUUCACAGAGAUUCGGGUUUUAAACAGAGAUGUCCGUAUUGUAUUGGAGGGUGUGGACAAAUUCAACAAUCUGAUUGGUUCAAUAAUUUAUGCUGAUGGUGAUACUCCGAAGGACCUGGCAUCGGAGCUUGUAGAAAAUGGUCUAGCAAAAUAUGUAGAAUGGAGUGCCAACAUGAUGGAAGAAGAUGUGAAGCGUAAGCUUAAGACUACUGAACUUCAAGCCAAAAAAGAACGGUUGAGAAUGUGGACAAACUAUGUUCCACCUGCUUCAAAUUCAACGGCAAUCCAUGAUCAGAAAUUCACGGGAAAGGUUGUAGAAGUUGUCAGUGGAGAUUGUAUAAUUGUUGCUGAUGAUGCUGCACCCUAUGGAAGCCCACUUGCAGAACGUCGAGUCAAUCUUUCAAGCAUCAGGUGCCCUAAGAUGGGAAAUCCUCGUCGAGAUGAGAAGCCAGAACCAUAUGCCCGUGAGGCUAAGGAAUUAUUGCGGACACGUCUUAUUGGCCAGCAGGUGAAUGUAUCUAUGGAAUAUUCUAGAAAAGUUGUCAUGGGUGAUGGACCCAAUUCUGUAGCUGUCUCUAGCCCAGCUGAUUCUAAAGUAAUGAAUUUUGGAUCCAUCUUCCUUGUGUCUCCAUCAAAGGAGGGUGAUGUUGCCAAUCCUGCAGCCCCUUCUGGUAGCCAAACCACAGGACUCAAUGUUGCAGAACUGAUUGUUUCACGUGGGUUUGGUGAGGUUAUAAGACACAGAGAUUUUGAGGAAAGAUCAAGCUAUUAUGAUGCUUUACUAGCUGCGGAAUCACGUGCCGAGAAAAGUAAAAAAGGGAAACAUUCAAAGAAGGAUCCUCCAGUCAUGCAUGUAACGGAUCUGACUGUGGCUUCAGCAAAAAAAGCCAAAGACUUCUUACCGUUUAUUCAACGAAGUAGAAGACUUCCAGCUGUUGUUGAAUACGUCCUUAGUGGUCAUCGAUUUAAAUUGUUUAUUCCCAAGGAAACAUGCAGCAUUGCCUUCUCAUUCUCUGGUGUUAGAUGCCCAGGUCGAAAUGAGCCCUACUCAGAUGAAGCUAUCGCAUUGAUGAGAAGGAAGAUAAUGCAGCGGGAUGUAGAGGUUGAAGUCGAAACAGUUGAUAGGACUGGGACUUUCCUGGGUUCUCUAUGGGAGUCUAAGAAAAACAUGGCUGUGCCUCUUCUUGAAGCUGGAUUGGCAAAGCUCCAAACGUCCUUCGGUUCAGAUAGGAUCCCAGAUGUCCACCUUCUGGCACGAGCUGAGCAAUCUGCAAAGGAGCAGAAGCUGAAAAUAUGGGAGAACUAUGUUGAAGGACAGGAAGUUACUAAUGGAGCUCCAACUGAUUCAAAACAGAAGGAAGUGUUCAAGGUUGUAGUGACUGAAGUAUUAGGUGGUGGAAAAUUUUAUGUUCAGACAGUUGGUGAUCAGAGGGUUGCUGCGAUUCAACAGCAGCUUGCUUUGUUAAGUAUUCAGGAAGCUCCUGUGAUUGGAGCUUUUAACCCUGUGAAGGGUGAUAUUGUCCUUGCUCAGUUCAGUGCAGAUAAUUCCUGGAAUAGAGCCAUGAUUGUCAAUGGACCAAGAGGUGCAGUGGAGUCACCAGAGGAUCAAUUUGAAGUCUUCUACAUUGAUUAUGGAAAUCAAGAAACAGUUACAUAUAGUCGAUUACGACCUCUGGAUCCCUCAGUCUCCUCAGCGCCUGGUUUGGCUCAGCUAUGCAGCCUUGCAUUUAUUAAAGUCCCAAGUUUAGAGGAUGAUUUUGGUCAGGAAGCUGCAGAGUAUCUGAGUGAUUGUACCCUAAAUAGUUCAAAGGAAUUCAGGGCAAUGAUUGAGGAAAGAGAUACCUCAGGAGGAAAAGUUAAAGGGCAGGGAACUGGAACAGUUCUUUUAGUUACCCUCGUUGACGCUGAAGCUGAAUCCAGCAUCAAUGCUGCAAUGCUGCAGGAAGGGCUUGGUAGAUUAGAAAGAAGAAAGAGGUGGGAUACCAGGGAGAGGAAAUUGGCUAUUGACAACCUCGAGGAGUUCCAAGACAAAGCGAAGAAGGGCAGAAUGGGAAUUUGGCAGUAUGGAGACGUCCAAUCUGACGACGAGGAGUCUGCUCCACCUGCUAGAAAACCUGCAGGACGCGGUAAAUAGGGGUAAAAACCCGUUAGGGUUAUCGUUUCGAAGUUGAGAAGCUUUGUUUGUUGAAGGACUUCAUUUAAUGGGGAGAGUUUUUAUCGUAGUCGCGGUUAUGAGACAUUGUGUUUACCGUCAACUACAAAACGAUAUUUAUAUCGAGUUGUGUUGUAUCAGUUGCAAGUUAAAAAUUUUGGGAUAUGGUUAAUAAAUUUAGUGGUAUGUGACGGCAAAUAAUUUAAGUAAUUUGUACUUGCGUCUUUAAUGGCGCACCCGUGACCUUUACAUAGUACGGACUCGAUAAAAGUUUCUC